AUGACAACACUUUCCCCGCUUCACGUCUAUUGUGUUUUGGAAUUUUUAUCAAUUUCCGAUAUAAAGAAGAUAUCCUUCAUCAACAAAAGACUGAGUCAUAUUUUAGUGCACUCUCCGUAUCUAUUUUCCUCAUCAUUCCAAAACUUAACACCCAAAGCAAUCUAUGUUUCCGGAGACUUAACUGACAAUUUCCAACUCAACUUUUCUCACAUCCGCUUCAUGGAUGUGCACAUUGGCUCCGAAAAUAUCAGCGUUUCAUAUCCCAUCGUAAAUGACGAAAAGACUAAUGACGUGGAUACUGAAUAUUCUGACAGUGCAAGUGACUCGGAAAAUUAUAAAGACGUUUCCAUCGUCCCAGCCAUCGAUCCGGACUUCGACGAGAUGAUGCGAGACUCCUUCGAACCUCAAAAACACAAAGUUAGGUCUCUCCGUGUUUUUCUCCCGACGAAAUGUCUUGUUUCUCUGAAGCCUUUUUCCAACUUAGAGAAACUGACUUUGUGUUAUGACUUAUUACCAACAGUAUUUAAGAAACCCUUGUCUUCUCCAGAAUUCGCGGAAGACCCCGAGACCAAAUUUUGGAAAAGUGUUCCGAACGACUUUUGCAGAGUUGUUGGAGCGCCCCUUCCCCUCCCACAAAUUGUUUUAGACUUUUUGAAGGCAUUGGGACCGUUUUGUAAGAAGGUGGUGACCCCUAACGUAGCCAAUUACACACAAAAGACGUUUGGGUAUAUGGAGAGUAUGAAGGAUAUAACAUUUUAUCUCAAGCAACACAUCCACCCAACGACGAUACCACACUUGGCAGACAAUGUGAUAUUAAGCAGUGAAGUUGUCGAUUUUGUGUCGCAUCGACUUGCUGGGAAGAAGAUGUCAUACACUGUCUUCACUCAAAAGUACUUCCCGCACUUUGUGAAGUGUAGCCAUGUCGUUGAAAUCCACUCAGCACAAAACGUGUUUUCAAGAGGACAACUUGUGACGAUCAAAACCCCAUCAACGGUCAACAGUUUGGUGUACAAGGAGGAACCCCCGACCCUCCAAAAGUCGUUUGACUUCUCUUUAUUCACACAGUUGGUGUCACUUGACUUGUCUGCAACACAAUUUGUUGUGCGGAAAGUUGCGUUACCGACUUCACUCAAAGAGUUGAGUGUGGACUGCUUCACCAAACGCAUGAGUGACCUUGGCGAGAUACCGAAUAGUGUUACAAUGUUGACAUUAAGACAGUUCAUAGACACUGAAAUUGUGUUACCACCAGCAGUUGAGGUAUUAGACUUACGGUGGUUUGGGCAUUGUGUUGCUAUAGCGAAUUUAGAGUUCUUAACGAAGUUGGUCAAGAUGGAUAUCAGAGGGUUUAAAGUGCGUCACUUAUCUUUUCCGUCAUCAUUGCAGUCGCUCACCAUCUCGUGCUGCCAUAAGUUAGAAAGCGUUGAUGAUUAUAACACGAUCUUUGACUUACACCCGACUAUAGAAGACUGUCCAUUGAUUGCAUUUAAUUAA